AUGCCCACCCAAACCCCCAUCCUAAUCAGCGGUUCCGGCUCCGCAGGCCUAUGCGCGGCAACCUGGCUCGCACGAGCCGGAAUCCCCUGCAAAAUCCUCGAGCGCCGACCCGGGCCCAUGAAAAUGGGCCAAGCAGACGGAGUGCAGUGCCGAACGGUAGAGAUAUUCGAGAGUUUCGGAAUCGGCGAGGACCUGCUCCGCGAGGCGUAUCAUGUGUUGGAGGUAGUGUUUUGGGCGGAGCAAGCCACCAAAGGGACUGGGGGCAGUGCAGAUGGAAAUGCAAAUGCAAGUACCGACAAAGGGAAGAUUUACCGGACAGGACGAACGGCAGAUAUGCAGUCUGGAUUGUCGCAUCAGCCGCAUGUUAUUUUGAACCAGGCGCGGAUCAACGGGUUGUUGAUUGAGGCGAUGGAGCGGUUUAAUGGACAGCGGGUGGAGUAUGGGUGGGAGGUGUUGGAUGUGGAUGUCACGCAGGAAGGAGAGUAUCCGGUGAAAGUGACGGCUCGGAAAGAGGGAGGCGAGACGGAGGUUUUUGAGGCGAAGUAUGUUCUUGCAUGCGAUGGCGCACAUAGCAUCGUCCGCAAAGCACUCGGAUACAACAUGAUCGGCGACAGCAGCGACGCCGUCUGGGGCGUGAUGGACAUGGUACCGCGAACCGACUACCCGGACAUCCGCAAGAAAUCCAGCAUUCGGUCGCGAGCGGGGAACCUGCUCAUUAUACCUCGAGAAGGCGACAGUGACAACCUGACUCGGUUCUACAUCGAGCUUCCGGCCGGGACGAGUGCAAGGGACGUUAAAUUGGAAGAUCUCCAGACCGCGGCACGCAACAUCCUGAGCCAGUAUAGUAUCGAGUUCACCGAGACCGUGUGGUGGUCUGCGUACGCGAUUGGGCAGCGUCACGCGGAUCGGUUUCACAAGGACUAUCGCGUAUUUCUAGCUGGUGAUGCGUGCCAUACGCAUUCGCCGAAGGCAGGACAGGGGAUGAAUGUGAGUCUCCAGGACGGGUACAACAUGGGGUGGAAAUUGGCAGCUGUGUUGAAGGGUUUGGCGCCGGCAUCGUUGCUGGAGACGUAUGUGUUGGAGAGACAGAAGGUGGCGAUCGAUCUGAUCAAUUUCGACCGGUAUUUCUCUAAGCUUUUCUCGUCCGGGGAAGAUAUCUCGCCGACUGAGUUUCAGGAAGGGUUUGUGAAAUCGGGCAAGUAUACAGCUGGAAUGACGGCGAGGUAUGAGAAGUCGAUGAUCACGUCUGAUAUGGAUGAGUCGGCGACCUUGGCUACGAAUAUCGUGGUGGGCAUGAGGCUUCCCAGUGCGCAGGUGGUGCGGUUCUGUGACUCCAAGCCGUUGCAGCUGAUGACUGCCUUGAAGUCGGAUGGUCGAUGGCGAGUGAUGACGUUUGUGGGAGAUCUGAGCUCGUCUGAGAAUAGGAGUCGACUGAGCAAGAUCGGAAACUAUCUUGCGUCAAACAGCAGCCCUAUCCAUCGCUUCCGCCCUACAAACUCAGACAUAGACAGCCUUAUAGAGCCCAUAUUUGUGGGUCAUGGAAAGCGUCAUGACAUUGAGCUGGAAGAGAUCCCCGAGUGCUUUUAUCCCAUCACCGGAAAGAACCAAAUAAAAGACCUGCACAAGAUAUACUUUGACGACGAAAGCUAUAACAAAGGCCAUGGACAGGCCUACGAACUCCUGGGUAUCAACCCUCAGAAGGGAGCCAUUGUCAUUGUGCGGCCAGAUCAGUAUGUGUCUGCUGUUAUCAGCCUAGACGAGCAUGAAAAGGUUGGGGACUUCUUCGAUGAGUUUCUGACCCCCAGGGAGACGCAGGAUACUAUUGCAUCGGAGAGCAAGUUGUGA